CCACGGCGCGGACCGGCUCGGGGCCACGCCGGCGUGCGCACGAACCGGCUCGGAGCCGGGUGCGGGGAAGGCGCGGGAGGACGGCCCUGCCGCGCAAGCGCCGAUUCCGAUCCAGGAAGGGCCGCUGGUUGCUGCAGUGUUGGACUGUACCUGAGCCGUGUGCUCCUGGGAAGAUCCCCCCCUCUCUCGGGUUCCGGGAAACAGCUGGCUGCAAAGGACCCCCUUCCCACAUGAUGCCCUUGUUUACCUGUGACAAGGCCAUAGCUUCUCUCCUUCCCGCAGUUCCCUGAACUCUGGGCCGUAAGCUUGAGCAGCAUGCAGCCCGCCACCGCGCCCAGAACUGGCCGAGCUCCGCUUACUUUGCGGAAAGGUGCCCGCUGACCAUCCACCAUGUCGGUCCUCCUCUCAGCCUGUCAGCCUGUGGGACCAAGCCGGGAGCACGAGGGGCCGCAGGUGUACCCUUACGAAGGAGGCCACAUCCCUGUGUGACCCAGCUGUGAGCCCGUGGAGUCCUUGGCCCUGAUCCGGUAUCCGGCCGGUGUAAGUGACCUGGUUCGUGAGCGGUGGAGAAAUUGAAAGUGCCAUGGCUCUCAGGAGCACGAAAACUCAUGUGAAAUAAGAAAGAAGAGGCCUCAGGACUUGGGGUGCAUUCCCAGUCCACAGACCUUUGACCAGAGGCCUUUUUCCAGAGCAUCAGGACAGAGCAGAGCAGAUUUCCCAGGAACGGGGGAGAAUGAUCAAGUCACAGAUAUCAUUUGAGGAUGUGGCUGUGGACUUCACGUUGGAGGAGUGGCAGCUGCUCAAUCCUACUCAGAAGACCCUGCACAGGGAUGUGAUGUUGGAGAACUAUAGCAAUCUAGUUUUCUUGGGUUAUCAAAUGAUCAAACCUGAGGCGAUUUUCAAACUGGAGCAAGAAGAGCCAUGGAUAUUAGGUGAAGAAAUCCUAAGUCAGAACUUUCCAGAAGAAGUCUGGCUAGAUAAUAAUCUCAAAAUGUGGCACCAGGAUACUCAAGACAAGCUUAAAAGUAUGGAGAGAGGCCAUGAAUAUGACGUCUUUGGGAAAAUGUUUCAUUCAGGCAUUAACUUUGAUCAUUUAGGAAUGAGAUCCCAUAAAUGUGGCACAGGUGAAAAAAGUUUGAAACAUCCUUUUGAUUUUCUUAUUCCAAAAAGUAACUGUGAAAGAAAAAAACUUGAUGAGCUUAAUAAGAAAUUAUUAUUCUGUAUCAAGCCUGACAAAACCUGUGGUGGAAUAAAAUACUCUGAUUGCAGUAAAUGUAGAAAAGUCAGCAGUAAAGAGCCAGGGCUCAUUACAAACCAAAUAGCACAUACAGGAGUCUGUUUAUGCAUGGAAUGUGGUAAGGUUUUUAACAAAAAGUCACAGCUCAUUAUACAUCAGAGAACUCAUACAGGAGAGAAGCCCUACGGAUGCCGUGACUGUGGAAAAGCCUUCUCCCAGAAGUCAUUACUCACUAUUCAUCAAAGGACUCAUUCAGGAGAAAAGCCAUACGGGUGUGGUGAAUGUCAAAAAGCUUUCAGCAGGAAGUCACUGCUCGUUUUACAUCAGAGAACUCAUACGGGAGAGAAGCCCUAUGGCUGCAGUGACUGUGGGAAGUCCUUUAGCAGGAAGUCACAGCUUCAAAGACAUCAGAGAACCCACACAGUAGAGAAGCCCUAUGGCUGCAGUGACUGUGGGAAGGCCUUCUCCCAGAAAAUAAGGCUCAUUACUCAUCAGAGGACACACACAGGGGAGAAGCCCUACAAAUGUAAUGAUUGCGGAAAAGCCUUCUUUUGGAAGUCACAGCUUAUUACUCAUCAGAGGGUUCAUACAGGGAAGAAACCGUAUGCAUGUAGUGAGUGUAAAAAAGCCUUCAGCAGGAACUCACUCCUCAUUAGGCAUCAGAGGAUCCACACAGGAGAGAAGCCCUAUGAAUGCAGUGAAUGUGGUGAAGCCUUCAUCAGAAAACCGCAACUUGUCAAACAUCAAAUGACUCACACAGGAGAGAAGAACUAUCAGUGCAGGAACUGUGAAGAAGCCUUCUUUAAGAAGUCAGAACUAAUUAGACAUCAGAAAGCUCAUUUAGGAGAAAAACCCUAUGGAUGUGUUGAAUGUGGAAAAACCUUCUUUGGGAAGUCACAGCUCCUGACACAUCAGAGAACUCACACCGGAGAGAAACCUUACGAAUGUGGUGCCUGUGGGAAAGCCUUCACCCAAAAGUCCAGCCUGGUAUCUCAUCAGAGGACACACACAGGGGAGAAACCCUAUGAGUGCAGCGAGUGUGGGAAAGCCUUCAGUGAGAAGUCAAGCCUCAUUCACCAUCAGAGAACCCACACUGGAGAGAAACCCUUCGAAUGUAGUGAGUGUAGGAAAGCUUUUGCCUGGAAGCCACAGCUUCUUAGGCAUCAGAGAAUUCAUACAGGGGAGAAACCCUAUGAAUGCAGUGAGUGUGGGAAGGCAUUUGUUCAGAAAGUACAGCUCAUUAAGCAUCAGAGAAAUCAUACAGGAGAGAAGACCUAUGGAUGCAGUGAUUGUACAAAAGCUUUCUUUGAGAAGGCACAGCUCAUUAUACAUCAGAGGAUUCAUACAGGAGAGAGACCCUAUAAAUGUGGGGAAUGUGGGAAAUCUUUCACUAGAAAGUCGCACCUUAUGAGGCAUCAGAGGAUCCAUACAGGAGAUAAAUGCUAUAGAUGCAGUGAAUGUGGGACAGCCUUCCACAGGAAGGCACAGCUCCUGAUACAUCAGAGAAGUCAUAUGCUGUAGACAUGGGGCGAGUGCGGUGAGUAUGGGGAGUCCGCCAUCAGGUGUCAGGCCCCUCACACUCUGAGGACACGUACAGGAGAGAAACCCUGUCACUGCAGUGACUGUCUCACCAUACAGAAUUCAGAAAGAGAACUUUUUUUAAAGUAGGCAAUAUAGGAAAACCUUCUCCCAGAAAACAAGACUUAUUACAUAUUGAUGGCUCCUCAGUGUGGAAGUCUUCUCAGUAUUGUGUUAAGUACAGACCUUUCAGUCAAAAGUGACAGCCUAUUAAAUAUUUAGAAGACCUAAACAGGAGAAAAACUCAAUUGUCAUAACAAGUAAGUGAAAGAUUUCACCGGGAAAGGGUAACUCAGAGUACACUAGAGAAUACAUGCACAAAGGAAAUACUGAGUAUUAUAUAUUAGAGGUCUCAUGCAGAGAAGUAGUCCUAAUAAUUUGAAGAAUUUGAUAAACAUGAUCCUAUUAAAAUAAUUCUAAAAGGAAGAUGUGUUCAUUGUAUAUAAAUUAUUAUGAGAAAAUAGGCAUUUUAAAGUGGUAGCUGUGUUUUAUGUGUGAAGACUUCUGCUUUCUGCUAUGGUGCUAUAGGAAGAACCAGAUAAACUCUCCUGCCUUAAGCAGCUAGAAACCGUACCAUUUAUGAAAUAGUGGUUUUUAGACAUAUGUCAAACACAGGUUUGUGAUCCCUGGCAGGAGGUGGACAAGGUGAGGAGAGCCCCACGACUGCCCAGCCUAGACCCUGGGGGCAGCGUCCAGGCUGCAGGUCAGGGAGGGGAAUGAAUGUGGUCCUGCUGGACUGAAGAGAGUUGCCGAGUUGGCGUCUGGGGAGCCCUGGUGGCUAGAAUUUGCAGGGAAAAGCUUCUGGAAGAAGCUUCCCAGAGAGGGCCUGCAGAAAUCCGCAGUGAGUCCCCCCUUGAGUCUGUGGGCUUUAGUGCUGAUUCACACAUGUGUGGAAGGAAGCUGAGACCAUGAGAGCGGCACUGGGGAGCAGUGAGCUGGGCAAGCCCUGAAACUCAGCGCAGGUGGGGACGGUUCACGUUCCCACCAGCCACACGAAAGCACGUGGGCAUCAAGAGAGUUCCCAGAACAGUAUUGUCUUGAUGGGGAGGGUAACUAACCCUAGAUUAAAAGCUACUCUGGAUCCACAGUGACUGGCAUCCAAACACUAACCUGGCAUGCCAAGGAGCAGGAACAUAUGACUUGUAACCAGGAGGAAAAUCAGGCAGUAGAAAGAGAAAAGACUGAAGUGAUUGGAAUUAGUAGACAAGGAUGUUCAAAUAGCUAUUGUAAGUAUAAAGUAGAGGAAAACAUGAAUUUGACGAAACAUAAAGUGGAAGAUAUAUUUUUAAAAGCUCAAAUGGAACUUCUCAGGAUGAAAACAACAUCUGUAAAUUAAAAACAAAAAACUGGAUGGAAUUAAGAACAUAUUAGACAUAGAAGAAGGAAAACAAUCAAUGAAUUUGAACAGUAAGUAUAAAAAUUAUCCAGAUGAAUGAUACAGAGAGGAAAAGACUGGGGGGAAAGGAGAACAGGGAAUUAAUUACUGUGGUGUAACAUACAUGGAAUGGGAGGUCCAGAAAGAGAGGAGGGAGAAAAAGGACUUGGAUAAACGAUGGCUGAAAAAUAUCCACAUGUGAUGAAAAGUAUAACUCCACAUAUUCAAUAAGCUCAAAGAACCCAACACGUAAGAAACAUAAAGAUACCAAUGGACAUCAUCGUCAAAUUGGUGAAAACCAGUGUUAAAGAGAACGAUUGUAAAACGCCUGGAGGAAAAGACACAACACGUUCACAGAACAAAGAAUAACAACAUACUUCUGGUCAGGAACUAUGCAAACUAGAAGACAGCAGAGUGACAUCAUUAAAUUAUGAAAGAUAAAAAAGAAACCCCUGCAACCUGGAGUUCGGUUGCCUGUCAAAAACAUCUUUCAAAAGUGAAAGCAAAAAAGACUUCAAAGAAACAAAAUCAGAGAGAGUUCCUGCCUUAAGGAAACAUUGAAGGAAGUUUGGGGGCAGCAAGAAAAGAACACUCUGGAAAUGGUGAAUGUGUGGGUGAAUAUGAAAGUUUUUUUUCUCAUUUUAAAAUCUUUCAAAAAGGUAAUGGACUGCUUAAAACCAAAGUAAUGACAACAUACUUGGGGUUAUGAUCUAUUUAGAAGUAAAGUGUAUGACUACGAUAGCACUUAAGUGUGAAUCUUUAAAAAUAGUUGAACAGACUGUGUCGUCUGAGACAGGGGCUCGGGAUGACUUGUGUUUGUAGCAACUGCACGAUGGAAGCUGUCUGUGUUAUGGAUCUGUGCACGUCUCCACACCCAUUCUCCUUUUUCUGCUCUGCAUGCCCAGAGGGAGUGCACGACUGCUUCCUAGGGUUUCUGCUCAGGUUCACACAGGGAGGUAUGUGUCAGCCCUCCCUCCCUCCUGCUGGCCUACAGACACCCAGAUGGCUGCAGCUCCCUGCUCAUCAGAUGUAAGGGUGUUAACUGCUUCUGGGGGCUUCACCGUCCCUGGUUGGUUUUCUUAAUUGUGAACACAAAUCUGUAAAUAGUCCCUUUAUUAAAUGUUCUUGAGUUAAUAAUUUGAGUGUAACAUUUGUUUUCUGUGACGUGUUAAAUGAUGAACGGUUGACCAAAUUUUGAGUAUCAGUUACUGGUCCACGGGGCAAAGACCGACAUCUGUCAAGAUUUCUCACACUCAACAUCAGUGUUUUCUCUUUGUGUUUUAAUAAUUCAGUAGAAAUUAUAACAGAGUUCUUUGUGUUUUUUGUUUUGUUUUGCUGCAAACGUAAGUGGCUCUGGAGAUCAUUACCAUCUGCUCCAUAUGCUGGUGGUCUUGCAGUUAUUACUAGAGUUUCUUCACUGAUAGAAACCAAAAUGUUUAUGAGGUCUUUAUGCUGCCUCUGGGUUAGCUGAACGCCUUACAAGAAAGCGUUGUUAUUUAUGUUAAAUAUGUACAGACAAGAAAAAGGUAGCCCAUUACUGAAUGAAGAAAGAAAGGAAUGAUGUACUGUACUUCCCUGUACUCUCAGUUUAAAAACUUGUGCUGCGCAAUUAAAAUACUCUUAUUCAAUGUUCUGC